GGGCCAUAACAAAUAGGGCUUGCCUAUUGCCUAGCGCUUGCCCCAAACGCUAAUCCAGCCGCUUGCGCUUUCCUUUCCUCGGCCAUCCUCCCCGCCUCCUCAACGCGGCCAUCACAUCUCUUUUCUACAGCAACCUCCCGCCCUUUGCAAAACAGCCAUUUUGCGCAGCAGUUUUGAUCCUUUAUUGUCACACAUCACCACUCGAAUCAUCAUCGGGCCACUGUAUUCGCCAAUAUGUCUGUCGUUUCGCUUCUCGGGGUCAAUGUGAUCAACAACCCCGCCAAGUUCACCGACAAGUACGAGUUUGAGAUCACCUUUGAGUGCCUGGAACCGCUGCAGAAGGACCUCGAAUGGAAACUAACCUACGUCGGCUCGGCGCAAUCGGACAACUAUGACCAGGAGCUCGACAGCCUCCUUGUCGGCCCCAUCCCCGUGGGCAUCAACAAGUUUGUGUUUGAGGCCGACCCACCCGACACGCGGCGCAUCCCCAUCGACGAGCUGCUCGGCGUGACGGUGAUCCUGCUGACCUGCGCCUACGACGGCCGCGAGUUUGUGCGCGUGGGCUACUACGUCAACAAUGAGUACGAGAGCGACGAGCUGGCCAACGACCCGCCCGCCAAGCCCAUUGUCGAGAAGAUCCGUCGGAAUGUGCUGGCUAACAAGCCGCGCGUGACGAGGUUUGCUAUCAAGUGGGACUCCGAGGCUUCAGCCCCCCCCGAGUAUCCCCCCGAGCAGCCCGAGGCGGACCUCGUCGCCGACGAGGAAGAGUACGGUGCUGAGGAGCUCGCCGAGGAAGAGGAAGUUGAGGCCGAGGUUGCCGAGGUCAACGGCGAGGAGGCCGGCGACAAGGACGCCCAUAUGGACGGCGUCGAGGGCGCUGAGGGCGAGAACGUUGUCGACGAGGACGAGCUAUCUGACGAGGGCAGUGUUGAUAUCGAGGGCGAGAGCGAGGACGAGCUCCUGGAGGAGUACGAAGCCGGCGAGGGUGAGGCUGCCGAUGACGAUAUGAUGGAGGUGGAUGACAAGCCGGAGGCUGCCCUACAAAAGCACGCAGAGGAGGCCAUGGUGCAUUAGACUCGUGAUGCUUUGGAAGUACUGGCAAGGUAAUCGUUUUGCACGGGGUUGAGAGUAGGGAAGAGACAUAGUUCAUACCCUAAACGUUCUGGUUUAUCCCGUCUGAAGUGGAAAUUCCUAUGAUUUGAUGUCAAUUGCGUUCA